AUGAAGCUCACCCAAGUCGCUCCUUUUCUCAUCUACACCCUCCUCGCCGCUUUCCUCCCCUCCUCCGCAUACGCCGACCGCAUCCUCCAGUCCUCGUCCCUCAACAACUGCCAAAAGAAAUCCGACUUCUCUGCCAGUCUAUUCAAUGUCGUCGUCUCCGCCAACAAUGGCUCCGUCAUGGCAAACAUCGCCGCCGUCGUCUCGGUCGAAGGCAAGGCCGUCUUUGACGUCGCCCUGCGCAUCUACGGCUACGAGUACCUCAAGAUGACGAUAGACCCGUGCACCAUGGACCUCCAAGGCCUCUGCCCUAUGAAGCCCGGCAAGAUCGACAUGGAGUUCUCGUUCGAAAUCGGCGACAAGCUCGACCAGGUGCCUGGCAUCGCCUACACCAUCCCCGACCUCGACGCCACCAUCCGCGCCAUCGUCAACCUCACCGAUACGAACACGACCGUCGCCUGCGUCGAGGCAGACUUUUCCAACGGCAAGACCGUCGAUCUAGUAGGCGUCAAAUGGGCCACCGCCGUCAUCGCCGGCCUCGGUCUCGGGUCUGCCGGCAUCAUCUCCGCCAUGGGCCACACCGAUGCCGCCGCACAUCUCGCAGCGAACGCGCUCUCCCUGUUCGGAUACUUCCAGGCCCAGGCUUUUGUCGGUCUCUCGGGUGUCGAUAUGCCGCCCAUCGUGCAGGCCUGGACACAGAACUUUCAGUGGUCCAUGGGUGUCGUCAGACUGGGUUGGAUGCAGACGCUAUGCACAUGGUACCAGCGCUCGACGGGCGGCGAGGCGGCGCGACUAUUCGAUUCAUUGAGCGGCAUCUCGGUGCAGGUCUCGAAACGCUCUCUCGAAAUCGUCAACAGUAUCGGCCCUGUCAAGCGCGGCCUCAACGCCCUUGCGAAGCGUGCAAACAUCCUCCAGGACAACGGCUCCUACAUCGUGUACGGCAUCCAGCGCGUAGCCUUCAGGGCAAAGAUCGAAUCGACGAACCUGUUCCUCACCGGUCUCAUCGUCUACUGCUUCUUCAUAAUCUUCACCGUUCUCAUCAUCGCAGCGUUCCGAUACGGUACCGAAAUCGCCGUGAAGCAGGGAUGGUCUAAGAAGGACCGCUUCGUCGAGUUCCGCCGCGACUGGAAGACCACCCUCAAGGGCGUCCUGUUCCGCCUCAACCUCAUCGGGUUCCCGCAAAUCGCCGUCCUGUGCCUGUGGGAAUUCACCCAGAUCGACUCGGCCGCCCUCGUCGUCCUGGCCGUUUUCUUCUUCCUCGGCACCCUCUUUACGCUCAUCUGGGCCUCGUGGAAGGUGAUUCUGAUCGCGAAGCAGUCCAUUCUCACCCAUCAGAACCCCGCACACGUUCUUUUCUCUAAUCCUCAGAUCAUCAACAAAUGGGGCUUUCUCUAUGUCCAGUACCGCGCCUCUGCGUACUACUUCAUUAUCCCCUUCAUCGCCUACAUCUUCCUGAAGUCUGCCGUCAUCGCGUUCGGUCAAAAGGCCGGCGUCGCCCAGGCCAUCGCCCUCAUUGUCAUCGAAGCCGCCGCCCUGAUCGCCGUCAGCGUCCUCAAGCCUUUCAUGGACAAGAGCACAAACUCCUUCAACAUCUCCAUCUACGCCAUCAACUUCAUCAACUCCGUCUUCCUCCUCAUCUUCACAAACGUCUUCGACACCCCUGGCAUCGUCGUCGGCGCCGUCGGCGUAGUCCUCUUCGUCGUAAACGUCAUCUUCGCCUUUGUCCUCCUCCUCAUGGUCCUCAUCUCCAGCGUCCUCGUCUUCUGGCGCGUAAAGGGCCAACCGACCGGCACGGGCCCUACGCAGCUCAACGAUCCCUCCAUCCUCGCAAAGGGUGACCGCACCGAGGGCAAGUCGCUCCUCGAUCUCGACGAAGACGACAAGGUGAACCCGUACCGCCGCGAGUCGCUGCGCUACGGCGAGGAGAAGGCCACCGAGAGUGGCAUGAGCCUGCACGUGUCCACGUCGAAUCUCAACAGCCGUGGGGAUACCCACGAAAUGUCAUAUCUACCCUCGCCGGGCUCCAGGCCUGCCGUGAGCCCGUCGGUACCCAUGUUCCCCGCCGACCGCUCAUUACGAUCUCAAAGUCCGGCCCCGCCGCGGUCACCGGCGAGCGAUUUCCCGCCGCCGAGUCCGUUUGGGAACGGAUCUGCGCGCAGUAUCCAUGAGUUUCGAUCCCAAAACAACAAUAGUCCAUGGCAGCGCGGUGCUGGAUAUGAUCAUUGA